GAAAACAUGAGGUUGUUGUCUACACAGCAGCACCUGAGCCGCACUAAAACCCUCCGUCUUUGAGUACAUGAAGCAGCGUCACAGUGAGCGUGUCAGUGCUGUGAAGAUGUUCUACCGGAGAGGCUGGAAUGAGCUCAACUCCACUUUUCUCUGAUUUUAUCGUCCGGUUCAUCGCUCUGUUUCACUGACAGCAAGGUUUUUGAACAACAAUGAUGCAGCGCAGCAUGAAGAUAUCUCUUGUCCUCCUGUGGGGAGUAUUUUGUUGGUGUCCUUCAGUGGCCAUGAUUACUCAAACCCCAGAAAACAACAUGCACACAACUGAUGAACCCCAAAAAACAACCCAGCAGCUGCUCAUCAACCCAAAUGUUCAGAACAAAACACAGACUCAUCCCACUCACACGCCUGCUGGAGCUGAUGUUGCAACACAGGAAACGGAAAAAGCAAUCUUUACUCGCAGCGCCUCAGAUGAUAGAACUUCCGAUUUGGCGGCCAAAGAGAAGGCAGCAGCAGCGACCACGGGAAGCUCAGGGGGAAGAUUGCUUCAUAGCUCUGCUGCAGCGACCACAGCUGAAGCAAAGUCCAGAAACAACAUGAAAAACGGCACAGAACAUGCAACAGUUAAUCAGCAAUCAUCCACCACAUCUACCAACAAAGCUACACCAUCAACAAACAUCUCAGAAACAGCAACUCCAAUAGGUGGUCAGUCACGUCAGCAGUCAGCUACCACAUCUACCAACAAAGCUACACCAUCAACAAACAUCUCAGAAACAGCAACUCCAAUAGGUGGUCAGUCACAUCAGCAGCCAGCUACCACAUCUACCAACAAAGCGACACCAUCUUCAGUAAACAUCUCAGAAACAGCAACUCCAACAAGUGAUCAGCCACGUCAGCAGUCAGCUACCACAUCUACCAACAAAGCGACACCAUCUUCAGUAAACAUCUCAGAAACAGCAACUCCAACAAGUGAUCAGCCACGUCAGCAGCCAGCUACCACAUCUACCAACAAAGCGACACCAUCAGCAACAACUCCCUCGGCAUCUUUAACAACAGCCCCAAUAAUCGAACCUACAUCCACCACCAAGCCUGAGGUUACAACAAAGUUACCACCCACCAACUCUUCUACGGAUUUUACCCAGACUCCAUUCUCCACCCACAACCAAAGUUCUCCUUCAGUUUCCUCCAAAGCCACAUUGACGGAGAACACCACCUCUGGGACAGCCCCUACAACAGACAAAUCCACCACAGGAACUUUAGCUCUGCCUUCAUCUCCGCCUACUACUAAGACAGCUUCCACCUCCACAUCAGAAAGAACCACAGGAAGAUCCAACACAGAGCCUCCAACCACCAACACGACUGACAACGCCACCUCUCCUGCAGGGGUCUUGAUCCCUAAGGAUUCCAAAACACUUCCAACACAAACAACAAAAUCCCCCCAAACCAUCACAAAGAGUCUGCCCAGCACUGACCCCCAGCACUGCUCCACUCGCCACUUGGUAAAGCAAAGCCUCAUCGCCAUUGCCUCCCUGGCCGCGUUGGCCACCAUCUUCAUGGUCAGCACUAUCGUCCUCUGCACCAAGCUGUCAUCCAGGAAGUACAGGAUGAAGAGACCGAAGCAGGACACAGAGAUGAUGUGCAUCUCCUCUCUGUUGCCUGAAAGGAACUACAACUACAGCAGGCACCGCAACCCGCCCAGCAACGGGGUGCUGGUGAUGCAUAUGGCUGGAGACAGUGAUGAGGAGGGAGGAGAUAAUCUCACGCUCAGCAGUUUUCUUCCAGAAAAUGAUCGUUCGGUGUAGGUGGAUUUUCAAACAUGGAAGCUGACCCCCCAUUUCCGCUUACGUAUGUGACUAACAACUGUAUUUCUGUACAUGAAUGCAUCCAACUUAAGUCUGUUUACAGCCAUGCAGUGUGUUCAGAGAAAAACUGAGACUAAUGCAGGACUAAUACGGCAGGUCAUCACAUAAAUGAAGAGGUUGGCCUUACCAGGACUGUAGCAUUGAUUACGAAAUAUUUCACUAAAAGACAGUGCCUAUGAAAAGUAUUCAACCCCUUGGAUGUUUUACCCUUUUAUUGAUUUUAUAAAUCAGUCAUGGCCAAUAAAAUUUGGCAUUUUUGACCAAAAAGAAAUGGACAAAAAAGGCUUCAAUGCCAAAGUGAAAACAGAUUCCACAAAGUAAUGUAUGGCCAGCCACAAAUUCUCUAACGGACUGAGGUCUGGGCUUUGACUAGGCAGAUAUGCCAUAUUCUCUCCAUUCUUAAUAAUGAAUUGAACUAAACUCUGGGGGAUGUUCAGUGCCUUGUAAUAUUUUUACAUCCAUCCUCUAGCUUAUACUUUUCAAUGACAUUUUCUCAGAGUUGCUUGUAGUGUUCUUUUGUCUUCAUGUUGUAAUGGUAGCCAGGAAUACUGAUAAACCAGUGACUGGACUUUUCAGUGAAGAAAUCUGGUUUCACUUUCAUAUAUAAACAAGGUUUUUUGUAUUUUUUUUUCUUAACCCCUUAAAGCCUGUUGUGUCAUAUUUGAUACAUACUUUUAUGACGCCUCUAUCUAAUCAAUAUGAUCGUAAAUUACUUUUAAAAAAAAAGAAAAAC